AUGAAGUGGGCAAUGCUGGCAUACCGUCUCUGGAGAUCCUCACUUGAGGCCCGCUGCCGCUUCUAUGGAGUCCUCGCUAUAUGCAGGGAGCUGCUCGAUAGUAGCAUGAUCGCUAUACCAAUUCUUGAAGAGAAUGUCUAUCUGUCGCUUCAGAACAGAGCUCUUGCUCCAUCAUGCGAGGACUUCAGCGAGCUUCAUUGUUGCUCCCUUCUCCAUAUCAUUCUGGAGUCUGUGGGCGGCGCCAACUUGGGACAGGCAUCGUUCACCCAUUUCGACUCAGCCGUUCCUUAUUCCGUGAACUUGCUGCUAUGCGGGACCAUCCAAGAACAUCUACACAUUGGCGGAAUAGACGUUGCUACUGCGGCUAUCGAGGCUUCAUACGAUCUCCCAGGCGUCGAAGACCUGGGAUACCUUCAUAUUUUACCAUUAAGAAUCCUAGAUUACCUGGCUCAUUGA